AUGGACGCGUACACGGAGGCCAUCGGGGAAAUCGAGCCGGGACAACACGGCAGCGAGCAGGGCCUGCUGCAGCGCACUGAUCUCGACCGUCUCGGGCCAGCGGGUUCCCGCCGAGACGCUCCGCCAGAGCAGCUACUGAGCGAGCAACUUGGUGCGACCCGUGCGCUUCCUCCAGGCCUUUCAGAGUCUCCUGAGCAAAUGCGGGGCCGCGAAGAAGCCCGACAGAAGCCACCGACUUUUGAUGGACAUCAACACCUGCGUGGAGAUGCUGGCACCGGGGGCACGACUACUGCCGUGCUGCACUUGCUCGGGGAGAAACAGGACCAGGUCGAGGUAACCGGCCCGCGGUAUUAG